CUGCUAUUGCUUGUUACCAUACGCUCCGCACCGCGGAUAUUUAUACGCGCACCGACCGAUGGAUCAGACAGAUCCAGAACGUUCCGAGCUCGAACACGCAUGAGUUUUCGGUCUCCAGAAACUUCUACACACGUAUAUUUUCUUACUUGCAAACGACCAAUUUAGCUACGAAACGCUUUUUCAAAACGCUGUAAUACUUCCUUUCCCCUCCUUUCUUCUCGGUCAAUAGGAAAAUGGAGUCCCCCGGCUGGACGCUGAUUCGUCGGAUGGUCCGUCUACCGGUUGCAACUCGAUGAUUAUUGGCGGUGGUGGUGGUGGUGAUGCUUCGACAGCGCGCCUACGAGGGUUGUGAAGGUAUUACACGCCAAGAAUUCGGGCUCGGAAACUUGAACGAAGAAAAGGACUUUGACUGAGGAUUUAUGAUGUCCUAUCCCGAAGGGCUCAGCAGAACAAUUUUAUAAGAUUUGAAGAAAUUCAAUCUCAGCGCCGUCGACGGUGUAAUUGAUGAACUUUUGGUAACUUGGCGUGAGUUUGUAGACUAUAUCAGUAAUGCUCAAUCGAAGACGAGAGUGCAAGAAUUACCACUACUGCGCAUGCGCCCUAUCCCACGAUCCACGCUAGACAGAAAUGUGGAUAGGAAAUGAUUAACCGAAAUACAUAUGUACAUACAUACAUAUUUACGGAGCUCGACGUAUGUAUCUCGGUUAAUCAUUUCCUAUCCACAUUUUUAUCUAUCUCAUAUAAAACAUUUUCGGCGCUUAGCGCAGUAAAUAAAUCUGAAUUACACUUUAUUCCAAUGUAAUUUGCACUGUUUGCUUGAAACAACUUUUCGUUAUUGUUUGUAAAAUUACAUUUGCUUCUUGUUAGCGUGCCUAAAAUCGUGAACUGUCGGUAACGUUGAACGCAACACGGUAAAGUCCGUAAGGUACAAUGUCUGUACGGAUUCCAAGGCUGUGUAUUUGGUAACGCCUAGGUCCGCUUUUAUUGCGACUGAUCUGCCCACUUUCGACAACAGAUAGCGCUACAAGGUCUAGCAUGAAGGAGGCGUUGAUGCCAAAUUGCCAAAUCCGUACGAGUCCAUGUGACAUGCGGAACGAAUGCAAUAUGGAUCUGCAUUUGAUACAAAUCACACGAAUACUUGCCGUCAAAUUCAUAACUAAUUCAAAAUAAAUUGCUGUGUGUGUUACACAUUGAGUUAGAUUUUAUACCAUUCGAAUUUCUUAAUAAACGGUACAUCGUGAUGUUUCUUGAAUAUUUUUGAUAGGGAACGAUAGAUGUUCGAAUAUGUAUACAAUGUAAAUGUAUACAUACAAACAUAUGUAUCGACGAUAAACAUAAAAGGUUAUCGCAAUUAUAUUACAAGUCUGAUAGGAGAUGUAAAAUCAUCUUCAAUUAUUCGUAGUAAGAAAUUUAUAUGCAGCAAAAUACAAGAUAUGCACGUAAUGCGAAGAAAGAUGGACGUUAAAAUUUUAGAUGGUGGAUUUGGUGCACAAUUAUCUACACAUGUUGGUGCAAAAAUUGAUGGCGAUCCCUUAUGGACAGCACGUUUCUUAGCAACGAAUCCAGACGCAGUUUAUGCAACGCAUUUAGAUUUUUUAAGAGCAGGAGCAGAUAUCAUAGAAACUAAUACUUAUCAAGCUUCAAUUUCUGGUUUAACGAAACAUUUAUCUAUUAGCGAAGAAGCCAGUAAAAAUUUAUUAGCUAAAGCUGUUGAACUUGCUAAAAAAGCGGUUGACAAUUACAUUAAAGAAACAUCGGGAAACGAGGAGGUUGAAAAUAAAAAUCCAUUGAUUGCUGGCUCUUGUGGUCCUUAUGGAGCUAGUUUACACGAUGGUUCAGAAUACAAUGGAGCUUAUGGUAGAACUACGUCCAGCCAAAUCAUAAAACAGUGGCACAAAUCACGUAUCGAUGUUUUAGUAGAUGCUGGCAUUGACUUGUUAGCAUUAGAAACUAUACCUUGCUAUCAAGAAGCAGAAGCAUUGGUCGAACUUUUACGAGAAUAUCCAAAUGUUAAAGCAUGGCUUUCAUUUUCGUGCGAACGAAACAGUCCAAAUUUAGCGGAUGGAAGUAAUUUUGAAGAAGUAGCUACACGUUGUUACAAAAUGGCUUUACCAGGACAGCUUGUCGCCAUUGGUGUGAAUUGCCUUGCUCCGUCGGAUGUGAGCGGCUUAUUAAAAAAUAUUAACAGAAACGAAGGAAACGAGUUUAUUCCACUAAUAGCAUACCCCAAUAGCGGAGAAAUAUAUUCUCCAACCAAAGGAUGGGUUUGGAAUGAAACAUGUAAUUCCAUGGAAAGUUUUAUUCCGGAAUGGUUGAAAUUUGGUGUACGAUACCUUGGAGGCUGUUGCAGAAUGUAUACGGACAAUAUAAAGUCGAUUAGAAAAGAAGUAAGCAGUUUCAAGAAGAAAAAUCUGCUAAAAUAAUGUUCAAUGGAUUUGACUUAAAAGACAAUAAUUUAUGUCUCUUUGCAUCGAGCAGAGAGUUGUUUUGUACAUGAAAUAAUUUUUAUGUAGAGAGAAAAAUCUAUUUCUUCUGUAAAUUAUGUAACAAUUCAUUGCUCAUGGACAAUAAAAACAUAAGUAGCAAAAGAUGCGA